CUAAAGGCAGAAGAAUCUGAUAUUGUUGCUGAAAAGAUAUUUGAAGAAAAAGCUGAAGAAAGUCAGAAGGUGGAUGUCAAGGAUUCCGAAGCUAAAGCGCAGAAAGCAAAGGCCCUGGAGAAGCAAGAACUCGAGGAGAAAAAACUGGAUGAGACGAAACAGAAGCAAGCUGUGAAGGAUGCAGAAAAGAAGGCACAGAAGGCAGAAGAAUCUGAUGUAGUUGUUGAAAAGAUAUCUGAAGAAAAAGCAGCAGAAAGUCAGAAGGCGGACGUCAAGGAUUCCGAAGCUAAAGUGCAGAAAGCAAAGGCCCUGGAGAAGGAAGAACUCGAGGAGAAACAACUGGAUGAGACGAAACAGAAGCAAGCUGAGAGGGAUGCAGUAAAGAAGGCACAGAAAGCAGAAGAAUCUGAGGUUGUUGCUGAAAAUAUAAUUAAAGAAAAGGUAGAAGAAAUUCAGAAGGCGGAUGUCAAGGAUUCCGAAGCUAAAGCGCAGAAAGCAAAGGCCCUGGAGAAGCAAGAACUUGAGGAGAAGCAACUGGAUGAGAAAAAACAGAAGCAAGCUGAGAAGGAUGCAGAAAAGAAGGCACAGAAGGCAGAAAAAUCUGAGGUUGUUGCUGAAAAGAUAUCUGAAGAAAAAACAGAAGAAAUUCAGAAGGUGGAUGUCAAGGAUUCCGAAGUUGAAGCGCAGAAAGCAAGGGCCCUGGAGAAGCAAGAACUCGAGGAGAAACAACUGGAUGAGACGAAACAGAAGCAAGCUGAGAAGGAUGUAGAAAAUAAGUCCCUAAAGGCAGAAGAAUCUAAUAUUGUUGCUGAAAAGAUAUUUGAAGAAAAAGCUGAAGAAAGUCAGAAGGUGGAUGUCAAGGAUUCCGAAGCUAAAGCGCAGAAAGCAAAGGCCCUGGAGAAGCAAGAACUCGAGGAGAAACAACUGGAUGAGACGAAACAGAAGCAAGCUGUGAAGGAUGCAGAAAAGAAGGCACAGAAUGCAGAAGAAUCUGAGGUUGUAGCUGGAAAGAUAUCUGAACAGCUGACAGACGAAGCAUUCAAGUCUAAAGAAGCAACGUCUUUGGAGAAUCCAAUUCUAGAAGUAGAACAACUGGAUAAGAGAGACAAGCAUGCUAAAAAAGAUACAGAGAAGGGCAAAAAUGCAGAAGUUUCUGAAGUUCAUUCAAAGAAGCUAUUGGAAGAAAAGGUGGACGAAAUCAAGAAUCCUGAUGAAGCAUCCAAACCUCACGACGAAAAGGCCUUGGAAAAGCACAAGCAGAUUGAGAUAGAAACUGACAAAAAGGACCAAAAGGCAGAGACUUUCAAUGAAAAAAUAUUGGGUCUAUUCCAGGCGCUUGCUCUCAGCACAAAUAACGAGGCAUUGCAGACAAUUGUGACGGAAAGCCAAGAUAUUAUCGAGAAUCUCAGGGAUGCUGAAAAGAGGCCUGCCCAGACGCAGCUGAGCAACUAA